AUGCUGCCCAAACCUUGCAUUGGGUUGGGACGUCGCUGGUCGGCGUUCCUGCUGGUCGUGCUGCUCUUCUGCGUAGUAACGGCGGUUCCCAUCGCACACACGAAGCGCGCCGACACUACCGGCGCACCGGACGCAGCCUCGGCUCCAGCGACUCUGCAGCGAAGUUCAAGCGCACCGCGGAUCGAGACCGCUCCGAAUGGUGCAGACGCUCUGCAGCGCAGUACGAGUGCGCCGCGGCUGUUGACUGGCUCGGAUGGCGAGCCGCUCGCACCGCCACCGACGACUCCGGCUCGCACCGAGUCUGACGUCGGCCACAGUUUCAAGACCGCCUUGGACAGCGAGGAGUGGACGCCACCGAGCACGCCCCGAACGCCCGCGAGAUAUCCGCCGGGCUUGGAGGGCGAGGGCUGGACGCGGUUGCACUCCGCACCGUCAUCGCCCGCAUCGCAGAGCGAGCAGUCGGCAGGUCGAGGCGAGUAUCCCGCCACCUCACCCUCUGGAUCGCCGGCCUCGAGCGCGGGCGAGGCUGCCGAGAUCCACGCGGAGCAGCCAUCUGUACCGGGGCCUCGCUUUCCCGGUAUGAGGGACGGCGAUGCGCCACGAUUGAUGCAGGCGCAGCGUCUGCCCAACGGCGCUCUGGACCUCCACCUCGGCGGCGCCGCCAACGCUCACAUCAUGCGCGAGCUCAAGCAGACCGGCACCGUGGUCGUCUCGAUGGAAGACCCCGCUUCGGUCGGAGGCAUGCGGCUGUACGAGUACACCCUUGGCCGCUAUGGGCUGGAACGCAAGCGCGUGCCUGUCACCACGCAGUUCCUCGAGGAAGUGCGACACCUCGAAACGGGUGCGCCCCUCGCUGCCGGUGGACGCGUGACCCUGCCGCGGCCGAUUGUUCCCGCCGAACCUGCGGCGACAGGAUGGCGCGCCAAGCUCGCUUCGGCACGCUCGGCUCUCCGCAAGGCUCAAGACGCCAUCGCCGUCGGGUUGGAUCCUCGUCUCGAGCACGUCUACACCACGCGUGGCGCGCCCGCCAUCUACGGACGCACCGACCCCAUCCUGGGUAAGACGAUCCCAGUGGAGGCGCGUCGACUCGCACAGGAGUUCGGCGAGGUGCGCGUGUUUUACGACCCCUACCGGCCGUGGGACCAGACGAAGCUGGUUUAUCGCGGUGGCACGGUGGCGAAGGGGGAGUUGGCGCCCGAGUCGGCGUUUAAGGCGGUGGUCGUGCCGCGCGAACAGGCGCUUCCGCUCCCCAAGGCGUGGCAGGGUCACGAGGAUAUGGCACAAGACGCGCUUACGCGCAUCAAGGCGAUGGAGGCAGGCCAGUAUGCCAAAGAUGUUCCGCCGCGCUGGCCGAGUAAGCUCCGCCAAACCCUGCGCGACCGUUGGGCGGCACUCCGAACCCCAGCUCCAGCCAACCCUGCUGUUGCGGGAGAGGCGGCUAGACCUGGCUUCAAGGCUGCAGCCAGGAGCGUGUGGGACAAGAUCACUGCGGGCGCAACCGAGCUGAAGAACAAGGUGGCUGCGUGGAGACCGUCGAUGCCGUCGACCGAGUUGCUCUCCGCCAUGCGUCCCGCGCAUCUGUAG